AUGGACAGACUUUCUAUGCUAUAUUCUCAUGUUAAGGAGACGCUGGCUAAAGAAAUUGCACAAGAGUUCCCCAAAUUGGCCAGGUAUGAGAGACAGAAGUGGGAAGCUACAGAUUUCCAUACGGCUUUCUUUAAAUCUGCCAGAGUGCCCUCAACCGUCUCACAAUCAAUAAGCACGGCUAUCAGGCAGUCACCAUCAAUAAUAGAAUUACGGAGCGAGAAAGCCGACAAGGUAUACAUUCCCAGAUUUGCCGGCAAUGCUCCAAGACGGAAGGAAUUUGGUGCAGAGGAAUCAAAAACAGUGAAAGAUAUGCGAGAAUAUCUUGGGGGAGGGUUGCAGGACAGAGUGCUCAUCACGAAGAAGCGGAUAUUUGAGGAGGAUGAUCUUCAGACGUUGAGGAUAUCUUCAGUGGACGAAUUGAAGGAAGGCAAGCUUGAAAAGGAUAUAAACGCAUCAGUGGUGGUUGUUCUUUCUCAUGCUGACUGUUCCAUGGGUUCUUUGCUACUGGUAGAGAGUGUAGUUCUGGAUAUCCGAAGAAUCAAGAGUGACAUAACUAUUGCAUUAAACAUAACCGAAUCGAUCGGGAACAAGGAUAUUCAAUUUCAGAAGUGGGGGGUUGACAUCGCGUACGCAGAUGUAAAUGCAGAUGCAACCUUAGCGAUUGCAAAGGAAGGUGUAGACACCACCAACUGGCAGGCGACGGAUGAUGAUAAUGAGAUGCUUAUUGACGAGUUGGGGAAAUUAUGGGCUGUAAAAGGAAAGCUAUCUAGUGCAGAAAACGUACUUGGUGAUAAUGAGAACUCUGAUGUUGAGGAUGAAAUUGCAGAGUUUAGAGCUCAGCUAGCAGAAAUGGCCAUAAAGGAUGCGGAAAACGACAGUACAGUCACUGUGGUGAAGAGCAGCGACGGUAGGCUGGAUGUAGGAGGAAUAUGGCACUAA